AGUAUUGAUGCACAGUCAAAAGAUGAUCUGGUUGGUGUUAGUGAACAUGAUGGAUCAGAUCCAUCAGACAGCAACUCGGCAUCUGUUAAGUCUGAGACUUGUAGUCAGACGCAGAAGAUUUCAACAAAAUGCACCUCAAAUUCCUCUACCUCUGAAUCAGCUGUUGCAAACAAACCUCCCUCUAAACUUGCAGUCAGAAGGAAAAUUCCUCAGCCCUCUUGUAAAUCCAAUAUUCCCAAGACCCAGAUCCCUCCAAGGCCUCCCACCUCACAAGCAACUUCAAUGGUUGCUAAAACAAAGACGGUAUCAGCAGCACAAGUCCCAAAUCAGCCAGAGACAUCCUCAUCUGCUUUGCGCAGCAUGAAGAGGACAGUCCAGCUAAGUAAAGGAAAAAACCUUGCACCUGCUAAGAACACCUUAACAGGAGGCACUACAUCAUCUGUGGCUACCUCAAGCAGUGGAUGUACUUUGACUACAGAUUCAAAGCCCGUUACACAGCCUAAGCCAUCUGGCCUACAGCCCCCUGGCCGAGGGAGAUUUGGUCUUAAAGCACCUGCUGUUGUGGUCUACUCAGCAGAGAGUGGUCAUUCUCAGCCCAUUAACAAACCAACUGGUUUAUCAGGUAUAAGGACAAGGAGUUCACUGCUUCCAGGUUUUGCCCAGAAGCAUGCAAGCAGUGAUGCCUUGCCAUUGGCAAAAAGGAAAAAAACUGAUAAGCAGCACCAGCCAUCCUGUGCUGAAGCACCAGCAAGUUUGAAGCCAGGUGGAGGUGCUCAGAAACCAGUUACUGUUCCCAUAGAUAGCAAACCAAAGAAGCCUAACACUGAGUGUGAAAAUUGUUCACUACUUCAAGAAAAACUAAACACGUUCCACCAAGAAUUAGGGGGAUUUCUUCAAGAACUUGGGCGAAUAUCUGCAAGUUGUGAAAAUUGGUUACCAUUUCAACAAAAGUUUGAGGCGCAUUUAGAGGAAUUUAAAAGAUUACAAGCAGAGCAUCAGUGAAGAAAAACCUGAAUUGGCCUACAGACAGUUUAUGGACAGGUUAUGUAAAUGUAAGAGAUCCCGGCAUGGCUGUCCAAGCUAGACCUUUUUCUUUGUUAGCAAGAUAAAUGUAUUUUCACAGUGAAUUUUAUU